ACUGCAAGUACUACUGCAUUAUAAAUAGCAGACACUAGCUUGAACAAGUUGGGGAGGCAGUCAACAGUAGUCAGGUGCUUUCCUCGUCAGCGAUGGAGGCACAGACGUUCAUGUUGUGGUUUCAGUUGGACCGGGAGAGACUUGCAGAUCACGAGAACGAGAUAUUAUCUCGAGUCAAGACGCUGCCAGGGUUGUUUUGGACAGGGACGUGGACGACAGCGGCGGAGAAACAUCUCGACGCCGGUGGCGUCCUGUACACAAUCAUCAACAGCGAUGGAAGCCACGCCGUGAUGAGGCUGUUUCCAUCCGGGCUCCUCACACUCGAUCUGCAAAGACUCUCAGCAACACAGCUUCCAGACAGGCCGUACAGUUCGGCUAUAAAGCUACGGUUGGAGCGGAUGAAAAAGCAUCUUGGCAAAUAUUGUCUGUUGGCCAAAACCAUGCCCGUCCCUGUGCACAGAAGCUGCGAACCGCCAUGGCCGUACAUGAUAACGGGGGACGAGAGAAUCAUUGAAAGAGAUUUCACAGAACUGGUGUUUGAAACUAACUCCCGUUGGCAAAACAUAAAAAUCUUCAAGUCAAAACAAUGCGGGAACGUGCUGUACCUGGACGAUGACGUCAUGAUAGGCGAGAGCGACUUGGUGUACACAGAGACAGUGCUCGGCCUGGACAGAAACGACUUCACCGGUAAGACGGUCCUCAUCCUGGGGGGCGGGGACGGGGGCCUGCUGCACGAGCUCGUCACGAGGACCAGACCAGCCUUCGUCACCAUGGUAGAGAUUGACGAAGAAGUUAUGAAAGCAUGCAGGACGCACAUGCGCAGUAUAUGCGGAAGUGCAUUGGACCAAUACGAAGGAGAGAAUUACAAGAUCGAGAUAGAUGACUGUAUCAAUUACAUGAAACGUGCUACCGAAAGGAAUGCUACGUUUGACUACGUGGUAAACGAUCUCACCGAAUUCAGCGUCGACAAGGAAAACUACGGGUUUGACUACGAUUUCGCCACCUCCAGUGUGAAUCUGGAGUUGAGCAUCAGAGUUCUCUCCCCUGAAGGGAAGUAUUUGGCACGGGGAAACACGACCAGCUGCGCAACCUACGUGGCUGAAACCAAGAAAAAUCUUCAACGACUGGGCAUGGUGUUCGACGUAUUUACAAAAUAUGUCCCAUCAUUUCAAGAAAUCUAUUGUUUCUUUGAAGCGUGGAAAGAGAAGGCUCCAUCUUAGACGGCGCCGAGAAGGUUGUGUUAGUUUGUUCCACAGAAUAAUGAAAAAGAACGUCCCCUGUAAUACCUCAUACAACGAAAUCUGCAAAAUCCCCGCACCAUUCAUGGCGCUGUUGGGAGCUUGCGCAAAACGCGUUAACCCUUCCGGUCAUCCCAGCCCUGACUGCUGCGCAUCGAUCUAUGCGCAGCUGUCAUUCCAGGGCAAACCGGAAGAGCAUAAUCGGAAUCAUUCCAUUCAGAACCAUUCGAGUUAUAUUCGUUUAAUGUGUUUGUCGUUGGGUGAGUACUUCCGUCAAUUAACGCAAAGGGCGAAUAGUGAUGAAUAAAUGUUAUUCUUGUGAUGUACAGACAAGACAAAUGGAGAACCUGAAUGUCUUUUGAUAUCACGGAGUCGAUAAAGGUUUAAAACUCCGAGGAUUGAUAAACUGGAUCAGUGUUGAUAUCAGUUGAUAUUCGGGUUGGAUUGUAUUUAUCAUCCAAAAUCAUACGUCCAUCUUUUUCAGUUUGUAAACAGUGAUAACCAGUGUUUGAGUUAAUUGGUACAGCUAACCGGCUUCAGUGGCAGAAAAAUCAGAGAUGUCAUUUGAAUAUGACGCCACAAUGGUCUGCAAUGCAUUGUGAUGCAACUUCAUUGUAGCAGUAUCUCACCAAAGCAAUAUCUCUUGUGGUCGCCAGUUUAUGGAUGAUAGAUGAUUCGAAGAAUAAUUUCGUACUGUGAAUAACAAGUUUAUAAUUUUAUUGGCAUUCUUUGGGUUGGUAUUUUUUCUAGUUUAUUUCUAGACCUUUGGUCGAUAUAACGCCUUCGUAUACCCCUCGUGUUAUUUCGGUUAUAUACUUCCAUUGUGAAGUUGAUUACAGCGUUUAUACCUUGAUGUAUUAAAGGAUUAUACUUUAAAAAUUAAAUUUGAUAUGUUCUACCGUGGCGUUGAAUAAUACCAGAUUCCAGUUGGUCAAAUGCCAAAUAUGUCGACCACACCACCUUUCAUGAAUAUUCGCUUGACACAUAUCUGUAUAUUUCAGCAUGCACAGCAUAAAACAUUAUGCACGGAGUACAUAAAAUUAAACAUUGGGUCAAGUAAUACUUAUUCAGGUAAAUGAAAUACCUUUCUCGCAGACGGGCACCUGCCAGUGUCUCUUGCUUCCCUUUAUCAUAGCGGCAUUGUCAAGUGCACUAAUACAGAGUGUAUACAAUUUUUUUCAAUAUAAGCAGUGACACUAAUAUAAUAUUUGCAACUUUCUUCUGCGCACUCGUUUCAAAAUUCUGUUUUUCGCCGUCACAUCAACAGGUGACAAAGGCCAACAUUAAACGGCGGCACUCGACGACUUUUCUAGUGCCCUAAUGUCCAAUGGGAGCUGCCCCUAACGUUCAUUCUCCAGAUACAGAAUGAGGAAUCUAAUCGGUGAAAAUAAUAUAUUUUUAAUGAGAGCUUCCACUUUAAACAUCAUCAUUCCUUUGUUGAAUUGUGGUGCUUUAACAACCUUUAGUUGUUGAAUUUCUGUUUUCACCAUCUCUUUGGUGAUUUGAAAUAUAGUGGUGACUUGUCAUAUUUUACCGUUUGGACGAUGGCUGCUUCGUCUAGUGUUAUCGACGCCCAUAUUGCCUACUGUGAUAUAACUUAUAUAUAUCACGUUUUGUCUACCUUUUCUAUAUUUCCUUAUUAUUGGUUAUGAACAAUAAACAGUUUUCACGUUAAA